ACGCUACGACGGUCAGAGGUGUUGGACAGCUAGAAAGUAGCUAGCAGUAUUUUUCCUCCUACUUGGGUUUUCGUUACGUUACCAAACGUUUGCUUCAACGAUGCUGACCGCUCCUGCUCAGAGAGUAUGUUUUGGGAGCUCACUGGAGAGGAGGCUGUUUCCUCUCCAUUACGCGCCAGACCGGCUGGGAAACCAAAUGUCACAACAGGGACCGCCACAUGUCGGCCCGGGAAGCUAUGACAACCACGAGUUUGGCACCAUACUUUAUGACAUACAGAAGACACCUGGGAGUAAGAAAGGAUAUAGUCUCUCUGCAAGGACUGCUGUGCGCUUUCCGCCUUGUAACAAGGCAGUGACCCCUUCACCGUGGCAGUACCAGCAGGAUCAAAGUGGUUCUAGGGUCUCUCCUCCUGGCAAAAUAGCUUUCAGCUCAAAAGCACAGAGGUUCAAAACCACACCAUGUACAUCUGAGAGGAGUCCAGGCCCUGGGACGUAUGCCCACGACAGAGUGACAAACAGGAAAGUGAGCUGGCCCAUGUGCUUUGGGAGACCAGACUGGUCCAGCCUGCCUCAAAUAGGCAAGAAGUCACUCAGGGUGAAGCUUGCCAGUGAAAAGGAGUACCUUAAACAGAGGAACAGAGUGGCCUACCUGAGUUUGUACUAUUAACCCUGAAGGUCUUACAUGGAAACCUAUCAUGACACUGGCGAAGCAAGAAGAUGUUGUUUGUUUUUUGUCUUUCCCCUUAAAAUAUAAACAAAAUAUGAACAUGUAA